AUUGCUGCCUGCUCUGAAUGCGCGUCAUCGAAGGAAACAUGGCGGCACACAUCAUCAGAGCCGUCAAACGGCUAGCUCCUCAGGAGAGCGGUGGCCUCCUGCCCUCGGCCCGGUGGGCGCAAGCCGAAGCGCGACGCCCUCGCCAUCGCUCGGCGGGCCCCUCGCCGCGCUACACGCCCCGCCGGGCGGUUCUCUACUGCCCCGGCAACGACGAGCGGAAGCUGAGGAAGCUGGCGUCGCUGGAUGUCGACUGCGCCGUCCUGGACUGCGAGGACGGCGUGGCCCUGGGCAAAAAGGCGGAGGCCAGGGAGCUGAUUCCCAGGAUGCUGGCGGAGCUGGACCUGGGCCGGACGGAGAAGUGCGUGAGGGUGAACUCGGUGUCCAGCGGACUGGCCGAGGCUGACCUGCAGGUCAUCCUGCGGGCGGAGGUUCUCCCUCCGGCCAUCAUGUUGCCCAAAGUGGAGGACACGCAGGAGGUGCAGUGGUUCGUUGGCAGGUUUCAGCACCACUUGAAAGGACGGCCGCUGACGGAGCCCAUCCGCCUGGUGACCUUUGUGGAAACCGCUGUGGGCCUGCUCAAUUUUAAGGCGGUGUGCGAGGAGAUCCGUCGCCUCGCCCCAGAAGCCGGUCUCCAGCACGACGGCGUGGUGUUCGGCUCCGACGACUUCUGCGCCAGCAUAGGUGCCACGCGGACUGAAGAUGCCAGGGAGCUCCUCUACGCCCGGCAGAAGGUGGUGGUGACCACCAAAGCGUUCGGCCUGCAGGCCAUCGACCUGGUCCACAUCGACUAUAAAGACGUGGAGGGUCUGCGGCGACAGGCCAGGGAGGGGGCCCUCAUGGGCUUUACAGGUAAGCAGGUCAUCCACCCAGGGCAGAUCCAGGCUGUGCAGGAGGAGUUCUCCCCCAGUAAAGAGAGGGUGCAGUGGGCCGAAGAGCUCAUUGCUGCUUUUGACCAACACCAAAAGGAGGGAAAGGGCGCGUUCACCUUCCGCGGCAGCAUGAUCGACAUGCCCUCGGUGAGGCAGGCGCGGAACGUCCUCACGCUGUCCGCCGCGGUGACGGAGGAGCGGCGCGACUGAGAGGAGCGGCUUUGAAACCCGGACGGCCCGAGAGGGAAGCAGCGAGCCGUGCGCGCGACGACGCUUCAAGCGCUUCAUGGACUGUGCACGCGCUGGAUUUCAUUUUAAGUUUCUAACAAAUGUGGAAAUGUUUUGAGUUGCGGUUUUGAAUUUGUGCUGCUGUCGCCCCGUUUGUGUUUCAAAUACACUGUGAGAUGUUUUCCAGUGGCAUCACAUCUGCACAUAUAGUUGCAGCAGCCUCUCAAAAGUCCACUUCGGCACAGUGCGGUGUGUGUGUGUGCGUGUUUGUGCACGUGUGUACGCCAUGAUGUCAUUCUCCUGUGUGUGUGUGUGUGUGUGUGUGUGCGUGUGUGCGCCCAUGCCUCCCAUCUCUCCGAGGUCCUGAUGAAUGCGCUCCCAUCUCCUCGGCCGUGGCAGCUGGGCGAAAGGGUAAACAAACACAACAAGCCACUGUUGUGGUUCCAUUCAUUAAGCCUCCAGUCGGGCCUCAGCCCCCCUGCCGGUAGGCCUGACUCACAGACAUCAAAGUCCUGAAAAACGGCCCCAAAAAAAACCUCCAGAUGGAAGUGCGUAAGGUCACGAUUUAGCUUUUGGUGUGCGUGUGUGUGUGUGUGUGUGUGUGUGUGUGUGUGUGUGUGUGUGUAGGCAUGCUGCUCAGCCUGAGACACGCCGCUGUACGAAAGGUAAACACCGCAUACGUGACGCCAGGCUUCCUCAGCUGAUUCCACACAAAAUACUCUUCUUCAUCAGCAUCUUCAACCGCUUUAAAAAGGUCACCUUUAGUCACAUAUUGAACAACAAAACCAAAUCAAAGUAGCACGAGAAGCUCGGCGGAGGACUCGAGCACGUUGUGACUCCCAGAGACAGUGAAGUGGGUGCGAUGUUGGAGUGAGACAGAUUAGUGGCCAUGUUGCUCCAGCAGAGCAGGGCCGGGCUUUGUCUCUCCGACUGGAUGGGAGGAUAAUUGAGGGGGUGUUGAAUGGUUAAUAGUGCCAUUGGUGACCAUGGUAAUGAAAAGGGACUGUGCCUGUACCCCAGCUCGUCCGUUCAUCCCCCCCCCCGCCCGCUCGCUCCCUAGUACUGUAUGAGCUAUUGUGUCUGGGGCAGGGCUGCGGUCUGGGCCGGGCCGGGCCAGGCCAGGCCAGACAAAAAAAAGAAGAAAUCGAAGCCACUCCUGCUCACGACAGUAAGCUCUCUAUUUGGCGCCCGGCCACAUAUUUCUCUCACAUCCAAUCUACCAUUACGCCAAGAGUUAGUGCACAAAACUGCCAUCACUGGUGACUUUCAUGAAAUAAAUCCAGUGUUUGGGUACACAGAUAGUUUGAGGAUGUCCAGAACUUUUGAAAUAGACGUCGGAGGAGCGGCAUCUCAAACCCUGGUUGACUUAAAUUAAGUAAAAUUUCAUUUAGAUGUUUCAUCCACUUGUACAUAACAUCAUUUGCAGAUUGACUAACCUGUACUGAUCGCUUAAGUCAUGUGUCUUGUUUCCAAUCUGAAGCAAAUACAGAAAGACGUGCAGAAAAAAAUGUGCAAUGUGAUUUGAAAGAGAAUUAAGGCGCGGUGUAGAUCGUUAGGACAGACAACAUGUGAAUAAAAAGCUUCCACAUUGCUACA